GGAGGAACUGCGCGCAGUGACCAACCCAAGAAGCAACCGCUACUCCUUCGGCCCAAUGAAACUCCACCACGUGUCUUAUCCUCAUUGGUUUUCUAAUCUCCUUUUCCACUACCCCGAGCUCGCCUUUUCACUGUAUAUAUAUCUCCCACGCAUUAGAGAAUAACGUAGAGUGCUCGAAUUUUGCCAUGGCUUCACGCUUUCCCUUCAUUCUCUCCUCUCUCCUCAUUGCGGCGUCGUGUUGGUGUUCCGCCGCCGUCGACGGCGGCGCUCUAGAGAGUAACGAUCCUCUGAUUCGGCAAGUGGUAGACCACGGCGAGGGCGCAGCCACCGGCGAUAACGAGUUGCUGAACGACGAUCACCAUUUCGCGAUAUUUAAGAGUAGAUUCAGCAAGUCCUACGCUUCACAGGAGGAGCACGAUCACAGGUUCUCGGUGUUCAAGGCUAACCUCCGUCGCGCUAGGCGGCACCAGAAGCUCGAUCCUUCAGCCGUUCACGGCGUCACGCCGUUCUCCGAUCUCACGCCGCGUGAGUUCCGGAACAGAUUCCUCGGGAUCAACAGGAGGCUCCGCCUCCCAUCCGACGCUCACCAGGCGCCGGUUUUGCCUACGAAUGACUUACCUAAGGACUUCGAUUGGAGAGAUCACGGUGCUGUUACGGCGGUGAAGAAUCAGGGUUCUUGUGGAUCAUGCUGGUCGUUUAGCACAACAGGAGCAUUGGAGGGUGCCAACUACCUUGCAACAGGGAAGCUUCUCAGCCUCAGCGAACAACAGCUUGUAGAAUGUGAUCAUGAGUGUGAUCCAGAAGAAAAGGAUUCAUGUGACUCAGGGUGCAAUGGUGGAUUGAUGAACAGUGCCUUUGAAUACACACUCAAAGCUGGUGGACUCAUGAGAGAAGAAGACUAUCCAUACACUGGAACUGAUCGUGGAACUUGCAAAUUUGACAAGAGCAAAGUUGUAGCAAAGGUUGCCAACUUCAGUGUAGUAUCCCUUGAUGAAGAUCAAAUCGCAGCAAACCUUGUCAAAAAUGGUCCUCUUGCUGUUGCUAUCAACGCAGUUUUCAUGCAGACAUAUGUUGGAGGAGUGUCGUGCCCUUACAUCUGCUCGAAGCGAUUGGAUCAUGGCGUGCUGCUGGUUGGUUACGGCGAGGCUGGCUAUGCUCCCAUCCGGUUGAAGGAGAAGCCGUAUUGGAUUAUCAAGAACUCUUGGGGAGAGAAUUGGGGAGAAAAUGGGUACUACAAAAUCUGUCGGGGCCGCAAUAUUUGUGGGGUGGAUUCGAUGGUUUCAACCGUUGCAGCUGUUAGCAGCUCAAAGUAGGAGAUCAAUGGCAUUGAGGUACAUUAAAGUUUCAUUUCACCUCAUCCAUGUACAGAAAGAAGUGCUUCAUCUGCAUUUGUUUACCAUUUGGGAACUCAUAAUUUAUGAUUUUUAUAAAUCAGUCGCGUUAUAUGUAUAAACUAUUGGUUUAAACUCUAGCAGUUAAUAAUUAUUCUCGAUCA